AAAGAACACGAACAUGAAAAACACGACAUGAAUACUAAGUUUACUUGAAUGAUGAUAAAAAAAAUAAAUUAUUUCGAUAUAAUGUAUAAAGAUUGGUAAAUGACACAAGCAUUAUCCAUUCAAUCUUAUGUUUGAAAAUAAUUUAUGUAAAACACGUUUACCGUUAUCUUGCCAUAUCGGUUUCUUUUGCUUUUGUUGGACCAACUUUUGCGUCCACCGCUAACUAAAGUUCAAAGGUGGAAAGUGCCAUGAAGGGAAGUGAAAUCUGAAGUGUUAUCCAGAGGCCUCGUGUGCUUACCAUUUCACUUUUACCGACGUAGCCAUUAGGUUCAGAAACCACUCAACACCUGUCCGCCACAUGUCAACGUCCAGUAAAACCACCAACACAGUUAUUAUCUGCUCGAUGCAGAUAUUUAACUGCAACAAUAAAUCUUGUCCAGAUUAUCUCCAUUUUCAAUUAAGUUUUCUGAGAGUGAGAGGGAAAGAGGUUAACACAGCGGUGUCAAAAAUGGCUCCAAAGCGCUCGGCGAAGAUGGUGGUGAAGACCACCAAGCGAGUCGUGAAAGAAAUGGUUGAAGUUUCAGUGGUUAAAACCAGAAGGAAGAAACAACAAGAAGAUCGUCCACUGGAGACUAUUUCCGUUGAAAACAACGACUCAAAUCAAACCCAAAACGUAGAAGUUUCAGUUGGGAAAGAGCCGCUCAAGACUAGUAUUAUUCCAAUUGAAACUUUGGAGCAAGUUAUUCCCAUUGAAACCCAGGCAGAAAACCAAACCCUAAAAACACAAAACGCUGAAGUCCAAGUCGACAGAGAGGCAGAAGAAAAUCCUACGACUCCUGAUCCACAAGAAACAGAGAAAUUAUCGAAGGAAGAAGAGCAGAAGAGUGAGGAGGACAAAACCCUAAGAGGAGGAGAGAACAAGGACGCGGAAGAUUUGACGAAAACCGAAGAGCAAGCCUCGAAGAAAGGAGAGAAGAAAAGCGAGGUGAAAGGAGGGAAGAGGAGAGAGAAGAGGAGGAGUAGGGGAAGAGAAGAGUACAAGACAUAUGUGUAUAAGGUUUUGAAGCAGGUGCAUCCUGGGAUGGGAGUGUCGUCCAAGGCCAUGACGGUGUUGAAUAACUUGAUGAACGACAUGUUUGAGAAGCUGGCUGAUGAGGCAGCUAGGCUGACUACGUAUACAGCGAGGAAGACAUUGUCGUCGAGGGAGAUUCAAGGGGCGGUGAAGCUGGUUUUGACUGGGGAGCUUGGGAGGCAUGCCAUGGCGGAGGGGACCAAGGCCGUGAGCACUUAUGUUUCAUAUGGAGGAGGGUCGUCCAAGUCUUGAUUAUUUAAUUAGAACUUCGUGUUACUUAAUGUGUUUGUUGUUAGUUAGUUUUUGUUUUGCAAAAUUGUUUAUUAGUUUGUUGUCCGUUAGGGCAUAGAUAAUUACCCAUGUGUGGUGAUGGUGUGUGAAAAUGAUCCAUCUGUUUUGGUUAUGAAUGAAAGGCUGUUUUCUUGUUAAA